AUGAAAGAAAAAUGGCAUUUUAUUUUUUAUCUGAUAUGGUUUUCGUAUUUAAUACUAUCGGCUGUACUUAUGUUUGGACAUGGUUUUCUAUUAUCUAGAAAGACUUUAAACGAUGUUUCAGAUUGUGUAUCACUUAGUAAAAUUGAUUGCGAUGGAAGGGAAAAUACAUUAAAAGGCACUUGCAGUGAUAAUAUAAAAAUUAGGCAUGUGUCGUCAUUUCUUGGUGCGCCCCUGAUUUGUGCUCCUGUUCCCAAUAGAGUGAUUCUAAUAUUGGUAGAUGCUCUUCGCUAUGAUUUUACAGAGUAUAAUCCGAAGUUGGAUAAACCACUGUUUUACCAAAAUCAGCUCACCGUUAUUAAAAAAAUGAUAGAGCAGUGGCCAGAAAGUUCUCGUUUGUAUAGAUUUAUUGCAGAUCCACCUACAACUACACUUCAGCGAGUGAAAGCUUUAGUCACAGGUUCAUUACCUACGUUUAUUGAUGCUAGUUCUAAUUUUGCUGCUAUGGAAUUACAAGAAGACAAUUUGAUUGAUCAGGUAGUAAAAAGUGGAGGUAAAAUAAUACUACUGGGAGAUGACACAUGGUCUCGCUUGCUGCCAGGCAGAUGGCUUAGAUCGCAUGCUUUAUACUCAUUCCAUACUUGGGAUCUUGAUACAGUUGAUAAUGAAGUGGACUCUAAGAUAUAUGAAGAAAUAAAAAAAGAUGAUUGGGAUUUACUUGUGGCGCACUAUCUUGGUGUAGACCAUGCAGGCCAUAGGUAUGGCCCCAAUCAUCCAGAGAUGGCGAGGAAGUUACAGGAAACUAAUGCAAGACUCCAGAAAAUGAUUGAUAUCCUUCCUCCAGAUGUGCUGCUUUAUGUAAUUGGUGAUCAUGGAAUGACAGACUCAGGUGACCAUGGAGGCGAAAGCAAAGCUGAGCGUACUGCAGCGAUGUUUGUAUAUAGAAAGGCAGGUCUUGGUGUAGAAGAAGAAGAUAAAAUUGGGAGGGAAGUGCAGCAGACAGAUCUGGCUCCGACAUUAAGCGCCGCUUUAGGACGACCUCCACCAGCGCCAUCUCUAGGAAACUUAUUGUUUUCAGUAUUACCAAAAAUGUCUCUGCCUAUGACAUUGUUGCACCUCAGUAAUAACUUAAAACAGAUAACAAAAUACCUAGUUCGCUAUGGUGAGGAAUCGCAACAAGUACCUUUAGAUAAACUGGCUUAUCUUAUCAAUACCACAAGAGACCAAAUAGAGAAAGCUGCUAAAAUUGAAAGUGAUCAAGAUCUCAGGAAAUAUGUUUCCGAUGUUAGGAACUUAAUGGAAAAUAUUCGAGUUGUCUUCCGAGAAGUUUGGGUUGAGUUCGAUUCACUGUCCAUGCUCAGAGCCCUGCUUUUGCUCCUGUUAGCCGUUUUCUUUAAUUGGUUGAUUACUGAGGGAAUUCCAUUUGAGCGUAUUUCUAACAUAUUUGCUAGUACUUUUGUGCCAUGUGGUUUAAUAUCAAUGGCGAUCUGCACUUCCGUGUGUUACACAGCAUAUUAUUUCAAUUACAUAGAGGAUCUCGAGCAUUCGAUCAUUUUGAGCACUGGUUUAAUAUCUGGUGGGAUGACGUGUGUGCUAACAAUCAUGCAUUGGGAUGGGAUUACGCAGAGAUGGUACGAAGGCAGGCCAUACUUCUACGAAAGAUUCUCAAGGGCAGCCUUAGUUGCUUCAGCUGUAGUUCUAGUUUCCAACAGUUAUGUCAUUGAAGAAGGGGCGACUCUUUCCUUUCUGUCAUUCACUGUGAUAGGCCUAAUGGCUUGGAACAUCGGUACUCUCAAAGCAUUGGUGUUGUGGAUGGGUUGUGGGAUUGUUUUAGCCGGUACUAGGCUAUACCGUGGUUGCAGGGAAGAGCAAGGUGAUUGUUGGACAGCUGGUGAAGGCAUGCCAACUGGCCAAGCUUCAAGAGCAGCAUUGGUAUUAGCUUUGGGGUCUGUAUCAGCUAUUGUAGCAGUUGCCAGACGUCAUACUGGAUGGCGGGGAUACGGGAUUGCUUUAGGGGGACUACUCGUCUGUGCUCAUUGGGCUGUUGGGUGGGGCUCACUGGGAUCUCCAGCACAAUCAAAACUGUUAGCAAAGUUGGCUUGGCUUGUUCUGGUUGUAAUAUUUAUAUUAAUCUGGAAGAAAGAUGGACGAGGCCCAACAUUACCAUUAAUAAUACUCGGUUUACUCCUCUAUCUUGCUAACGUCCUGGUGCUGGGAGCCAGUUAUGCGCCUGCUGCCGCUUUAUCCCUCCUCUCGGGUUUUUUGGCGCUUAAUGUUGUUUCUUUAUUGAAGACUGAUGGAUCAUCUAAAUAUUCCUUAAAUACGCGUUGUAAUUCAAGCGUGGCAUGUUUAUGGGCUCUGCUAGCCUGUUAUAAUUUCUAUGGUACUGGACAUCACGCAACAUUGAGCCAUAUACGAUGGGCUCCAGUAUUUCAUGCUGGCGACCCAAACUAUGUGUCCUUUGGCCCUGUUAUAACGGUCGUUCUUGUAUCACUCCAUCUAUUUGGUAUGCCAUUAAUGUUUGGAGCAACAGUACCCUUACUCGCGCUAUGGGGGCGAAAUGGGGUGUCCACGUUGGGCUCUCGCACGCAACUCGCAGCUGUGUUUUCUUUAUGUCUCAAAUUCGCGCUCUGCUUCGCAAUCAGGGUGUUUGUCUGCGCUUUAUCGGCAACAAUUCACUGCAGACAUCUAAUGAUAUGGGGAGUUUUUACGCCUAAACUCUUAUUCGAAAGCGGAGCUUGCGUAGCGGCUUUACUUGGCACAAUAAUGGGUAUUAUUCUAACAGUCUGGCAUUUGCCAACACAUCAACGCAAAAGUUGA